AUGGCGUCCACGUCCGACAACAACAACCAACGGCUGGCAUCCCCGCCUCUGUCCCAGCGGAUACCGAUAGCUCGACUGGAACUGUCAUCUAAGAAUGGCGCACCCGUAAAUGACGAAUUGGACGCCUACUCCAAAGCCCUUCUAAUCGAGUUCUCCUGGUCCGAUCUCUCGCCUCCCCCUCCACCCAACCGUGUAACAACCUACACUCUCGAAUGGGACGAAAAACCGAUCGUUCUUCCUCUUCUUGAAGAACAGCGGUGGGAAUGGGAUGCCCCUAUCGAAGCUCCCCAGGAGAUCACCUUCGAUGGAACGAAACUUACAAACCUUCCCACUCCCACCGAAGAUGAAGAUACCGUAAUGCUUAUAGCUCUGAUACCGGGCACCGUACCUCACAUAUCAAAAGUAUAUCUACGGCAGAAACGAGCGGCCAUUGCUCCACCUAUUGCAGCGGGAACGGAACGAGAAGAGGAGCACUCUGCACCCCUGGAAAUACCGGUUAAGACUCUACCUCAGACGUAUCCGCUAUCUUCCGAGUUCUUGGGCGCAAAUUACAGGUAUAUUGCCGACCUAAUAUUACUGGACGUGGAAAGCUCGGCGACGAAAACUCGAGGUAGUAAACGCGGCAUCCUACAUACUGUAUUUGCGGUCAGAAGACUGGAAGAUAUUGAAGCGAAACUUAAAGCUGGAGCGAUUGGAAUAGGUGAGAAUAGUAAGCACCUCAGAGAAGAGAAGGCAUGGAUAGAAGAGGAGUUUGGUAUCACACUCGAACGGAUUGCACAGGCGAGACCUGCUGGUGGAAUUGUACAGGCAGAGACACCGGAUGUCACGAUCAAGUCUGCCGUAACGGAUACACCCACGUCACCUACGGCUACAGCGAAAGAAUGGACCUCGCAGGCGACGUUGGCCUCUACGGGUUUGGGGCAUAGAUACGACGACCCACCGGUUCCGUGGCCCACAUCGCCGAAUCCGAAGUAUCCGGCUGGAGCAUAUCAGCCCAAUAUAAAGGGCGCAGUCCCAUUGUUGCAGAUGGACGCAAUUAAGGCCAUCCGCCCGCCCGGAGCCACGCACGGAUUGGGAUUGAUACCUGGAUUCGAAGGAUUGAAUGUCAAAGAUGAGGGACGCGUUUUCAAAGGAGACGGUGGGGAAGAGGAUGACGAUGACGAUGAUUUGUUUCAGUUGCCGAUAAGCCCGAGGGUGACGACUCAGUUUUAG